AUGGGCGACGCACCAAGAGAUAUGAAUGCUCUGCGCUAUGAAGCGCCAAGAGACUUCUCAAUCGUCAAGGUACCCAUUCCAAAAGUGGGACCCAAGCAAGCGCUCGUCAAGGCACCGGUGAGUAGCCGACGCGAGCUUUGGCGCGACGACGCUGAUCUUUGCGCUUGCCCUGUUCUCUCUCCUACCCACGCAUCUACCCCACAAGAUGCCCACAUUCACGAAGGCGAAUUCAUUGCCAAGUUUCCUCUGAUCAGCGGUCACGAGAUCGUCGGUGUCGUCCAUGAAGUCGGCUCAGAGGUCGAGCACCUCAAGGUGGGCGACCGGGUCGUUGCAGACGUCGGCGAGACUUGCGGCGACUGCUUCUACUGCGUCCGAGGCACGACCCUCUUCUGCGAGCACUUUGAAGCCCACGGUGUCACCAUGGAUGGCGGCUUCAGUGACUAUUGCAAGCUCGAGGCUAACAAGCUCUUCCGCUUCGAGAACAUGACCGACGAAGAGGCAACGCUCUGCGAACCUGCUUCUUGCGCCAUCCACGGCCUCGACAAACUCCAGCCCAAGCUUGGCUGUGAAGCUCUCAUCAUCGGUGCCGGUCCUACUGGUCUCAUGCUGGCUCAGCUCCUCCGUCAGGCCGGUGCCGCCAAAGUCGUCCUUGCCGCCAACGCAGGCAUGAAGAUGAAGAUCGCUCGUGAAGUCAACGCUGCCGAUGUCUACAUCGAUCUCGACCGCCAGAACGCCAAAGACCAAUGGGCAGACAUCAAGAAGAACAAUCCUUACGGCUUCGACGUCGUCGUCGAGGCGACUGGCGUCGAAUCGCUCAUUCAAGACUCGAUCAAUUAUGUUCGAAGAGGCGGUACGCUACUUGUGUAUGGCGUAUACAGCGACGCUGCAAGAGUGCACUGGCCGCCCAACAAGAUCUUCCUCGACGAGAUCCGCGUGAUCGGUUCCUUCAGUCAGACGCACUGCUUCCCUCGCGCAGUAGCUUACCUCGACUCUGGUCGCGUCAAGACAAAAGGAAUGGUCACUUCAGUCUUCCCUCUGGACAAGUACCAGGACGCUCUCGAUCUGAUGAACUCUCGUCAAGCUAUGAAGAUCGCUAUCACGCCAGGCCUCAGCAAGUGA